UCAGAUAACAUGUUAAAGUAAUAGUCCCGGCUUUUUUGUGACAUUAUUGUUCAUUCCGAAUUUCCCUCUUCAGGUUAUCCGCAGUUUACACGUACCAGUCCCCAAAUAACCGGUUCAUGCGUUUAAAGAGAUUAUGUUAGAGAUUAGAGAAACAUUUUAGUUUUAGCAAAUAUCUUCCCUAUCUACUACCAAAUCCUUUACGUCAUUUAAAACCUCUUCCCCCACCCCUGCUCUCAGCUUCAUCAUCAUCUCGCGGUAUUUUGGUCGCUUCUCGUCCGCCAUAUUUCGUCCUGCCAGUAUUUUGAGGGUGGAGAGGCAGUUUCCAUAUCGCCCACAUACGUUUAAUUGAUUUUCUUACGCUAGAAAAGUUGGGAAAACCAUUGGGAGCUGUUUUCUUCCCAAGGUUAUUAUUCACGGUAGAAAGUAGUGAGAAUAUAGCACUCUUUUGCACGCAGCCGUAUCAGCAAGCAGUCAGUCACAGGCAGCAGUGUGAUUGGUUGCCGGGACAGGGCACAAAAACGUCGCGGUAGGAACUUCAUCAUUCCUUCCCUUUGCAUCUGUACUCCAAGCGUAUACAUUUUUAGGUAGUGGAGUUGUCGGAACAGAAGUUUGGCUGAACAGACGGAAAGUUACAUACUAGGUAAAGACACCUCCAUCGGGUUCAAUCUUUCCUUCAGGUUUGGAAAAAGUUACAAUCACUUUGCACUGAAAAAACACUAAGAAUUAAAAAAAAAAAUGAAUAAAUCGUUGUGUAACAACCUAGAAAUAUAUUCACUGAAAGAAAAACAGCUGUAAUGUCAAAGUUUUGACAAAAAUGCAAGGACACUUAAGAAGAUGUUUGCUCAGGAUGAAAUGAAUUUGGCUUCCAGCAAGGCCUAGAACUGUCUAAGAACAGUUCUACAGAGCCAUUAGACGAAUGGCCCAAGGAAGCCCGCAAGUUGACUUUCAGGUUUUACACAACCUGCGGCAAAAAUUCCCAGAGGUGCCUGAAGUUGUUGUUUCCCGAUGCAUGCAGCAGAAUAACAAUAACUUGGAUGCUUGUUGUGCUGUACUGUCUCAGGAAAGUACAAAAUAUUUGUAUGGGGAAGGAGAAUUAUCUCCUCCAGAUGAUCCUCGAAUUGCAAGCUUAAGAAACCACAUGACUUCUCUCAAUUUGGAUUUGCAGUCACAAAACGUGUACCUUGAUGGAAGGGAUGCCACUAGGAUGAAUGGAAACAGUAGGACUCUAGCUCACAGUAUAAGUGAUGGCCAUUUUCAAGGAGUUCAGUCCAGCAAUGAACUGUAUCAACCAGAGCCACAAACUGCACCUGCUCAUGUUCCUGCUGGCUUUAAUGUCUUUGGAAUGGCCAAUACCAUUAGUUCUUCAAAUCCUGGACAUCAGUUUGGCCUACAUUUAGGCAGCAAAGGGUCAUCUGCUUCACAGACACCAAGGUUUAACCCUAUAAUGGUGACAUUGGCACCAAAUAUCCAGCCUAGUCGUAAUACGCCAACAUCUUUGCACAUUCACGGUGUUCCUCCACCAGUUCUUAAUAGUCCACAUGGAAACUCUAUCUAUAUUAGGCCUUAUGUUACUUCUCAGAGUGGUACAUCUCGACAGGCACAACAAUCGCCAAGUUGGGUGUCUCAUAACCCAACACAACCACAACAGAUUUAUCCGCCAUCACAACAAAAUCCGUGGACAACUCUUCCUACUUAUUCUGCUCCACAUACCUCAUUGCAACAGCCAAUCCAAUCUAGUAUUCAGGGCCACCAGACCUCUCAUGUCUAUAUGCCAAUAAGUUCACCUACAACUCCUCAAGCACCCAUGCUUCAUUCAUCUGGCAGUGGUUUACAACCUUCCACCCAGUAUAAUAUUCAAAAUAUCUCAACAGGCCCCAGGAAAAACCAAAUUGAAAUAAAGCUUGAACCACCACAGAGGAGUAAUUCAUCAAUGUUACGACCAUCAUGUUCUCGCAGUUCUAUGAACCCUUCCUCUAUUAACAGUCAAACCAGAAACCAACCCACUGUUUACAUAGCAAGCCCUCCAAGCACAGACGAAAUGAUCUGUCGCAACCAGCCUAAGGUCUACAUUUCUGCCAAUGCUCAAAGUGUUGAUGACCAGGUAAUCAGGAACUCGCCUACCGUUUUCAUAUCUGCAAACCCUGGGGCAACAACUACAUCCAAGAAUAUGUCUGGGCAAGUAAGCAUGGGUCCUGCUUUUAUCCACCACCACCCUCCCAAAAGCCGGGCACAUGGUAACAACACAUCAGCCACAUCUCCGCGGGUGGUAGUAACUCAACCCAACACAAAAUAUACUUUUAAGAUAACUGUAUCACCAAAUAAGCCUCCUGCAGUUUCUCCAGGGGUAGUCUCUCCAACCUUUGAGCCUACAAAUUUGCUUAACCUUCCUGAUCCAUUUGCAGAAUCAGAAGGUAUGCAGCAUCUUACGGACCCUAUUUUACCAUCCGAUAAAAUAAGUGAAGCACGAAAAUUAAGUGUGGGAUCGGACGAUGAUGCAUAUACACAAGCUUUACUGAUACAUCAGAAGGCAAGAAUGGAACGACUACAUUAUGAACUUGAUGUGCAAAAGAAAAAACUUGACCAACUUAAGACAGAGGUCAAUGAAAUGGAAAACAAUCUAACAAAAAGGCGCCUAAAUAGGUCAAAUUCGCUUUCACAAAUUCCUUCACUGGAAGAAAUGCAGCAGUUAAGGAGCUGCAACCGUCAGCUGCAGAUUGAUAUUGACUGUCUAACCAAAGAAAUUGAUCUUUUUCAGGCAAGAGGACCACACUUCAAUCCUAGUGCAAUUCAUAAUUUUUAUGAUAAUAUUGGAUUUCUUGGUCCCGUGCCUCCAAAACCAAAAGAUCCGAGAUCUGCCAGCAAAACGCCAAAGAAUACUUCAGAUAUGGAGGAAGAUGAGGGAGCUCAUUGGAAUUGCACUGCAUGUACUUUUCUAAACCACCCUGCCUUAAACCGUUGUGAACAAUGUGACAUGCCUAGGCAUUUCUGAACCAGGUGGUCCUUAAAAUAUUUGCAUUGGAAUCUCAAAGCUAAAGAAAACUUUCCAGCUAAAGAAAACCUUUCAGCUGUAACACUGUUCUGGAUAGUAGGAUUACAUAACUCUGAAAAUGUGGCCUUUUGGUGUUUUUCUUCUGUUAAAUGUCAGCCCACAGUGAAAAUAAUACCUCAGUGUUGUGAUGUGCGCAGUUGGUUCCCCCCACCCUGCUUUUUUUAAUUAUUAUUGUUAAAACUUGUUCCCCUUUUAAUCAUUUGGUCACUGAAAAGCUGAUACACUUAUUUCUCAGCUUCCUGUACCAUGUACAGUAUUACGUUCAUCUUGGGAAGAAUCAUUUUGACAGUGUCAAAUUCUGGGGGCAGUUAGCAGCAGCAGCUCAUUAAGUUACUAUAAUGUUUUGCACGAUUGAAACAAUAGUCAGCCAUACUUUUAUGGAUCAAGAAACGGGACCUAAAAAGCCAGAAAACCCCAAGAAAUUGCAGCUUGCUGUAACCUUUUGCCAUCUUUUAGACAAAGAACAGAUUUUCCAGAUCAAGUGGUUCCUCGUGGGAACAUCCUUUUCCUUGUGAAGCAAUCAAGCAGUGCAAUCAAGAAGAAAAGAACUGCAUACAUUUACAAUACAGUGAAAUUGCUCAGUGGCUUCUUCGUUUGUACAUAGCUCUUAACCUGCUUUAAGUGAAUUGUUUUUGAUCGUUUCACUUUUAUUCAUUUCCUGUACUUUGUAUGUAUAGUGUCAUAGGUUUUUUUGUUAACCUUUCGUUUUAAUAUGAUUUUAGCUGUCAGUUUUAUGUUCUUGUUUUGUUUUUUCUUUUAAGAGUUGGUGCCUUAAGUUUUCUCCUCCAGCAGAGCAGAGACUUAAAACUGUGCUGCAGCCUUCUAUUCACUUUAUUGGGAAAAUAAUCUGAUCUUGGCUUUUUUUACCCCAAAGGUAGACUAGAAAAGUCUUGGGGUAAAAAAAAGCCAGUAUCCAUGCUGUCAGGCCUUUCCCUUUCAAAUGAAUUGGAGGCAGCAAAGGCAGUUUUGGACACUGUCCCAGACAAAAUAUGCAGUCAGAGAAAACAACCAGUGUGCCAUAAGCCUAAGUGCCUUGGGAGGAUGGAAGUAAAGCAUUAAUAAUACAAAACUAUGCCCAUGUAAAUGUUAGUUAUCAUUAGACCUCUGUUAUUGUUGCAUAACAUACAGUGUCAUAGUAUCUCACCACUAAGAGGAUACUCCUACCAACUGGAAACAGUAGUAAUUUGUGUCUACAUAAUAUACAAUGAGCAUAUAUUUGUAUUGUAUGCCAAGAUCAACUUCUUGCAGGGCUGGAUAAAGGCCCUAUAGCCUAUUUUAAAGAUUUGCUUAGUUUCCUAUUAGAAUGACAGGUUUUCCUCAAAAAGUAUAAUGUACAGUAAAAGUAGAGCCUGUGAAUAUAAGGAUUAGUAGUUGCAGUUUGUACACUGAUUAUGUCCAGUAAUCCUAAACCAUUAUUAUUAUCCCCAACCGAAGGUGCAGGCUAAUCGAGUCCACACUUCGUUUGGGGGUAACAGUAGGGUUUUUAUUUUGUUAAAUUGCCCCCUGGGAGGAAACUCAUAAUGAGCCUCUGAUGUCAUGUGCAUAAUAAACCUCUGUUGUCAUGUACAUAAUAAGCAAGCUGCAGCAUUCGCUCAUUAUGUGCAUGCAUGUGCCCCAACAUGGCCGCUUGAACCAGGAACUUCCUCCCAGUGUGGAUGUCCUAGUGCUAGAGGGGUGGGAGACAAUAUUUUUGGUCAAGAGGUCGCUGUGUUUCUAUGGCUGGUGGACACUUUAUUGGAUAUCAUUAGGGACUGAAAUACAAGUUAGUCCCAACUUAAAUAUACAUUGUUUCCAGACCCAUUGCUGCAAAGUCUUUUUUAUGUUUCAAUAUUUUUUUGCUGCUUUUAUGAAUAUAUAUCAACAUACAGAAAAAAGAGACAUUCAUUUAAUUGAAUCAGAAUAAUAGAACACAAAUCUGUCUUCCACUGUCCAUUAUUCCUUGAGCAAUAUCCCCAUGGUUGAAAUGCCAAAAGCCUUUUUUCCCCCCAAGGUUUUUCCUUUUCUAGAUCCUUUUUUUCAGCCCUGAAGAGGUAGGUAGCAGACCCAAAAGCAAUACUUUUUUUUUAAUGAAAAAUACACUUCUUUUAACUUCAGUUUCUUGUGAAAAUUGACAAUUCAGUCUUUACCUAUUUUAUUAAUAAAACCUAAUUGGAUAUAUGGAGUUGAUAGUUUUGUGAUUAAGCUGGGUAAAACUGUCUUUGUAACAGAUAAGUUAUUUAUAAAAAUUAAAAAUAUAUAUAUUCUAA